AAUAUUUUUUGGUUGUGGUAUUCUCUGUGAGCAUCCUUCUGCCUACAAGCUCUGGAAUAUAAGGGGAGGUAUCAUGACUUUUGAGAUGGGGAAAGACGUCAGACAUGAGGGGAAGUUUUUUGCGAUGGUCGUUUGUUGGCUUUUAGGAAAUGGGUGCCUUUUCGCAUGGAAUAGCAUGUUGACAAUUGAGGAUUACUAUGCAAACAUUUUCCUGAAUUACCACCCUACUAGGGUACUUACACUUGUUUAUCAACCUUUUGCGUUUGUAACACUUGCGAUAUUAACGCACUAUGAAGCAAGACUCAAUACAAGAACUCGAAACCUAGUAGGGUUUUCGCUUUUCUUCCUAGCUUCAGCUUUGAUUAUUGUUUUGGAUGCGGCAACAUCUGGUAAAGGAGGAAUUGGACCUUUUAUUGGAGUAUGCACAAUAAGUGGAGCAUUUGGAGUUGCAGAUGCUCUUGCUCAAGGUGGAAUGGUUGGUGAUCUGUCUUUGAUGUGCCCAGAAUUUAUUCAGUCUUUCCUUGCUGGUUUAGCUGCAUCAGGUGCUAUGACCUCGGCAUUGAGGUUCAUUACAAAAGCAGCUUUUGAGAAUUCUCAAGAUGGUCUGCGCAAGGGAGCCAGUAUGUCAAUAAAAUAUUAUAUUCGUGUCUACUGAAUCUAUCUCUCUUUUU